CGCGGCGCCCCCUGCCGGGCGCCCUGCUCGCUCAGCCCCGGAUCCGGUGCCGGCUGGCGCGCGGGGACGCGGGCCCCAGAGCCGGCGAGCCGGGCGGGCGGCGCUGCGCCCUACAGGGAGCUGACCUGCCCUGGACGCAGCCUAACGCACGAAGCUGCUGCAGGAUGAGAAGAUGGCAGCGCGGCUGCUCGCACCACCAGGCCCUGACAGUUUCAAGCCUUUCACCCCCGAGUCGCUGGCCAACAUCGAGAGGCGCAUCGCUGAGAGCAAACUCAAGAAGCCACCCAAGGCCGACGGCAGCCACCGGGAGGACGAUGAGGACAGCAAGCCCAAGCCCAACAGCGACCUGGAGGCGGGGAAGAGCUUGCCUUUCAUCUACGGGGACAUCCCCCAAGGCCUGGUUGCCGUGCCCCUGGAGGACUUUGACCCUUACUAUUUGACGCAGAAAACCUUUGUAGUAUUAAACAGAGGAAAAACUCUCUUCAGAUUUAGUGCCACGCCUGCCUUGUACAUUUUAAGCCCUUUUAACCUGAUAAGAAGAAUAGCUAUUAAAAUUUUGAUACAUUCAGUGUUUAGCAUGAUCAUUAUGUGCACUAUUUUGACCAACUGUGUAUUCAUGACUUUUAGUAACCCUCCCGAAUGGUCCAAGAACGUGGAGUACACGUUCACAGGGAUUUACACGUUUGAGUCACUAGUGAAGAUCAUCGCCAGAGGCUUCUGCAUCGAUGGCUUCACCUUCUUACGGGAUCCGUGGAACUGGCUGGACUUCAGCGUCAUCAUGAUGGCAUAUGUGACAGAGUUUGUGGACCUGGGCAAUGUCUCAGCGCUGAGAACAUUCAGGGUUCUCCGAGCUUUGAAAACUAUCUCUGUAAUUCCAGGCUUGAAGACCAUCGUGGGCGCUCUCAUCCAGUCCGUGAAGAAGCUGUCAGACGUGAUGAUCCUGACGGUGUUCUGCCUCAGUGUGUUCGCCUUGAUCGGCCUGCAGCUGUUCAUGGGCAACCUGCGCAACAAGUGCGUCGUGUGGCCCAUCAACUUCAAUGAGAGCUACCUGGAGAACGGCACGAAAGGCUUCGACUGGGAAGAGUAUAUCAAUAAUAAGACAAAUUUUUACAUAGUGCCUGGCAUGCUGGAGCCUUUACUCUGCGGGAACAGUUCCGAUGCUGGGCAAUGCCCGGAGGGAUACCAGUGCAUGAAGGCGGGAAGGAACCCCAACUAUGGCUACACGAGCUUUGACACUUUCAGCUGGGCCUUCCUGGCGUUGUUUCGCCUAAUGACCCAAGACUAUUGGGAAAACUUGUAUCAGCUGACUCUGCGAGCAGCUGGGAAAACCUACAUGAUUUUCUUUGUCCUGGUCAUCUUUGUGGGUUCUUUCUACCUGGUGAACUUGAUCUUGGCCGUGGUGGCCAUGGCCUACGAAGAACAGAAUCAGGCCACAUUGGAGGAGGCAGAGCAGAAAGAGGCUGAGUUCAAAGCCAUGCUGGAGCAACUUAAGAAGCAGCAGGAGGAAGCACAGGCUGCUGCCAUGGCCACCUCAGCAGGGACAGUGUCGGAAGAUGCCAUCGAGGAGGAAGGGGAAGACGGGGUCGGCUCUCCCCGGAGCUCAUCUGAGAUUUCCAAACUCAGUUCCAAGAGUGCCAAGGAACGGCGGAACCGGCGGAAGAAGAGGAAGCAGAAGGAGCUGUCAGAAGGAGAGGAGAAAGGGGAUCCCGAGAAGGUGUUCAAGUCCGAGUCCGAAGAUGGGAUGAGGAGAAAGGGCUUCCGGCUGCCGGACAACAGGAUAGGGAGGAAGUUCUCCAUCAUGAAUCAGUCACUGCUCAGCAUCCCAGGCUCGCCCUUCCUCUCCCGCCACAACAGCAAAAGCAGCAUCUUCAGCUUCCGUGGUCCCGGGCGCUUCCGAGACCCGGGCUCCGAGAACGAGUUCGCCGAUGACGAGCACAGUACAGUGGAGGAGAGCGAAGGCCGGCGGGACUCACUCUUCAUCCCGAUUCGGGCGCGUGAGCGGCGCAGCAGCUACAGUGGAUACAGCGGAUACAGCCAGGGCAGCCGCUCGUCUCGCAUCUUCCCCAGCCUGCGGCGCAGCAUCAAACGCAACAGCACGGUGGAUUGCAAUGGCGUGGUGUCCCUCAUCGGUGGCCCCGGCUCCCACCUCGGCGGCCGGCUCCUGCCAGAGGCUACCACUGAGAUAGAAAUUAAGAAGAAAGGCCCUGGAUCUCUUUUAGUCUCCAUGGACCAACUGGCCUCCUACGGGCGGAAGGACAGAAUCAACAGUAUAAUGAGUGUUGUUACAAAUACUCUGGUGGAAGAGCUGGAAGAGUCUCAGAGAAAAUGCCCACCCUGCUGGUAUAAAUUUGCCAACACUUUCCUCAUCUGGGAGUGUCACCCUUACUGGAUAAAGCUGAAAGAGAUCGUCAACCUGAUAGUCAUGGACCCUUUUGUGGAUUUAGCCAUCACCAUCUGCAUCGUCCUGAAUACGCUGUUCAUGGCAAUGGAGCACCAUCCGAUGACGCCACAGUUCGAACACGUCUUGGCUGUAGGAAAUCUGGUUUUCACUGGAAUUUUCACGGCAGAGAUGUUCCUGAAGCUGAUAGCCAUGGACCCUUACUAUUAUUUCCAAGAAGGUUGGAACAUUUUUGACGGCUUCAUCGUCUCCCUCAGCUUAAUGGAGCUGGGUCUAGCAGACGUGGAAGGGCUCUCGGUGCUACGAUCCUUCCGAUUGCUCCGAGUCUUCAAGUUGGCCAAGUCCUGGCCCACCCUGAACAUGUUGAUCAAGAUUAUUGGAAACUCAGUGGGUGCCCUGGGCAACCUGACCCUGGUGCUGGCCAUCAUUGUCUUCAUCUUCGCCGUGGUCGGGAUGCAGCUCUUUGGGAAGAGCUACAAAGAAUGUGUCUGCAAGAUCAACCAGGACUGUGAACUCCCUCGCUGGCACAUGCACGACUUCUUCCAUUCCUUCCUCAUUGUCUUUCGAGUACUGUGCGGGGAGUGGAUUGAGACCAUGUGGGACUGCAUGGAGGUGGCCGGCCAGGCCAUGUGCCUCAUUGUCUUUAUGAUGGUCAUGGUGAUUGGCAACUUGGUGGUGCUGAACCUCUUCCUGGCCUUGCUGCUGAGCUCCUUCAGCGCUGACAACCUGGCCGCCACGGACGAUGACGGGGAGAUGAACAACCUGCAGAUCUCCGUGAUCCGCAUCAAGAAGGGCGUGGCCUGGAUCAAAGUCAAGGUGCGAGCCUUCAUGCAGGCGCACUUCAAGCAGCGGGAGGCAGACGAAGUCAAGCCCCUGGAUGAGCUCUACGAGAAGAAGGCCAACUGCAUCGCCAACCACACCGGAGCCGACAUCCACCGCAACGGCGACUUCCAGAAGAACGGCAACGGCACCACCAGCGGCAUUGGCAGCAGCGUGGAGAAGUACAUCAUCGACGAGGACCACAUGUCCUUCAUCAACAACCCCAACCUCACGGUGCGCGUGCCCAUCGCUGUGGGCGAGUCCGACUUCGAGAACCUCAACACCGAGGACGUCAGCAGCGAGUCGGACCCGGAAGGCAGCAAAGAUAAACUGGAUGACACCAGCUCCUCAGAGGGCAGCACCAUCGACAUCAAGCCCGAGGUGGAGGAGGUACCCGUGGAGCAGCCCGAGGAGUACUUGGACCCAGACGCCUGCUUUACUGAAGGGUGCGUCCAGCGGUUCAAGUGCUGCCAGGUGAACAUCGAGGAAGGACUAGGCAAGUCCUGGUGGAUCUUGCGGAAGACUUGCUUCCUCAUCGUAGAACACAACUGGUUUGAGACCUUCAUCAUCUUCAUGAUCCUGCUUAGCAGCGGUGCCUUGGCUUUCGAGGAUAUCUACAUUGAGCAGAGAAAGACCAUCCGCACCAUCCUGGAGUACGCCGACAAGGUCUUCACCUACAUCUUUAUCCUGGAGAUGCUGCUUAAGUGGACGGCCUACGGCUUCGUCAAAUUCUUCACCAACGCCUGGUGCUGGUUGGACUUCCUCAUCGUGGCUGUCUCUUUAGUCAGCCUUAUAGCUAAUGCCCUGGGCUACUCGGAACUAGGUGCCAUAAAGUCCCUUAGGACCCUAAGAGCUUUGAGGCCUUUAAGAGCCUUGUCACGAUUUGAAGGGAUGAGGGUGGUGGUGAAUGCCUUGGUGGGUGCCAUCCCCUCCAUCAUGAAUGUGCUGCUGGUGUGUCUCAUCUUCUGGCUGAUUUUCAGCAUCAUGGGAGUUAACCUCUUUGCGGGAAAGUACCACUACUGCUUCAACGAGACCUCCGAGAUCCGAUUCGAAAUUGAGAUUGUCAACAACAAAACCGAGUGUGAGAAACUCAUGGAGGGGAACAACACGGAGAUCAGGUGGAAGAAUGUGAAAAUCAACUUUGACAAUGUCGGGGCAGGCUACCUGGCUCUGCUUCAAGUGGCAACCUUCAAAGGCUGGAUGGACAUCAUGUAUGCAGCUGUGGACUCCCGCAAGCCUGACGAGCAGCCUAAAUAUGAGGAUAACAUCUACAUGUACAUCUAUUUUGUCAUCUUCAUCAUCUUCGGCUCCUUCUUCACCCUGAACCUGUUCAUUGGUGUCAUCAUCGAUAACUUCAAUCAACAAAAGAAAAAGUUUGGAGGCCAGGACAUCUUCAUGACGGAGGAGCAGAAGAAAUACUACAACGCCAUGAAGAAGCUGGGCUCCAAGAAGCCCCAGAAACCCAUCCCCCGCCCACUGAACAAAAUCCAGGGCAUCGUGUUCGACUUUGUGACGCAGCAAGCUUUUGACAUUGUCAUCAUGAUGCUCAUCUGCCUUAACAUGGUGACGAUGAUGGUGGAAACGGACACGCAGAGCAAGCAGAUGGAGAACAUCCUCUACUGGAUCAACCUGGUCUUCGUCAUCUUCUUCACCUGCGAGUGCGUGCUCAAGAUGUUUGCCCUGAGGCACUACUACUUCACCAUCGGCUGGAACAUCUUCGACUUUGUGGUGGUCAUCCUGUCCAUUGUGGGAAUGUUCCUGGCCGACAUCAUCGAAAAGUACUUUGUUUCUCCCACCCUCUUCCGAGUCAUCCGAUUGGCCCGUAUCGGGCGCAUCUUGCGUCUGAUCAAGGGUGCCAAGGGAAUUCGCACUCUGCUCUUUGCCUUAAUGAUGUCCUUGCCGGCCCUGUUCAACAUCGGCCUCCUGCUCUUCCUGGUCAUGUUCAUCUUCUCCAUCUUCGGCAUGUCCAACUUCGCCUACGUGAAGCACGAGGCCGGCAUCGACGACAUGUUCAACUUCGAGACGUUCGGCAACAGUAUGAUCUGCCUGUUUCAGAUCACCACCUCGGCCGGCUGGGACGGCCUGCUGCUGCCCAUCCUCAACCGGCCGCCGGACUGCAACCUGGAGAAGGAGCACCCGGGCAGCGGCUUCAAGGGGGACUGCGGGAACCCGUCCGUGGGCAUCUUCUUCUUCGUGAGCUACAUCAUCAUCUCCUUCCUCAUCGUGGUCAACAUGUACAUCGCCAUCAUCCUGGAGAACUUCAGCGUGGCCACGGAGGAGAGCGCCGACCCCCUGAGCGAGGACGACUUCGAGACCUUCUACGAGAUCUGGGAGAAGUUCGACCCCGACGCCACGCAGUUCAUCGAGUACUGUAAGCUGGCGGACUUCGCCGACGCGCUGGAGCACCCGCUGCGGGUGCCCAAGCCCAACACCAUCGAGCUCAUCGCCAUGGACCUGCCCAUGGUGAGCGGAGACCGCAUCCACUGCCUGGACAUUCUCUUCGCCUUCACCAAGCGGGUCCUGGGAGACAGUGGGGAGCUGGACAUCCUGAGGCAGCAGAUGGAGGAACGGUUCGUGGCGUCCAACCCUUCCAAAGUGUCUUACGAGCCCAUCACGACCACGCUGCGGCGCAAGCAGGAGGAGGUGUCAGCCGUGGUCCUGCAGCGCGCCUACCGCGGACACCUGGCACGGCGGGGCUUCAUCUACAAAAAGACAGCUUCCAACAAGCUGGAGAACGGAGGCGCGCAGCGGGAGAAGAAGGAGAGCACGCCGUCCACGGCCUCGCUCCCAUCCUACGACAGCGUGACCAAACCCGAGAAGGAGAAGCAGCAGCGGGCCGAGGAAGGCAGGAGGGAAAGAGCCAAAAGACAGAAAGAGGUCCGGGAGUCCAAAUGUUAGGGCGGCCAGAGGAGCCGCCACGCCACGCCACGCCAUGCCACGCCGAUGUAAUACUUGCAAGUGAACGAUUGUUUACAGACUUCCCGCAUCCCUAUCAACUCAGAACAGCUGUGGGGACACUAACCCGAAGAAGACCUAUGCCAAAUGUAGUCUGCUUUCCAUGUCCCACGGUUGCAUCUCGAGCAGUGACCUGCCAAGGGGCAAAGGACCCUGCUCCCUGGACUCAAAGAUUUUUUUUUUUCUAACUUGCUUGGGCAGGUGGUUACUGCAUGUUCCACAUCAGUCAAUGCAGCUUAGGACAAAACUAACAGGAUACAAAAACACACACGACAGAGGAGAGACUGCCGAGACCGGCAGCGUUUCUACUGCAGCCAAAUGGAUUUUUUUUUUUUUUCAUUCUGUCGAUUCUUGGAAACAGAAAAGCAUCACUUGAAAAGUUUGUUCAUGCAAACUACCUUUGCAUUCUCACCUUAGUUAAGCUAAAGCGGCACAAAGAAAACACACACACACCCAUACACCACAGACAACAUGCAGUCAUUUGCCUUCAGCCCACAUCAUCUAAUUGUUAGUUUAUUUGACACAGAGCGUAUCUUCUCCACAUGGGCGUUGCGUGCUUUGGAGAUGGGUGGGGGUGAACAGUCCCCUUCCUUCACACUGAGGAAGGCUUGCUCAGGCCAGUUCCAAAACAUCGUGCCCGUUCCAUGCGUAGAAACGAUUUGCAUGAUGGCAUGCCGUGAUCAUAAGUCAUGCAUGACAUUCAUACGCCACAGGACACUUCCUCUUGCAUCCCUCCUCUCCCCACCGUCCC